AUGGGUGAUAUGAUAAGGGAGCGUGGAAACGAGCGUAACAGCGGAGACGGCCGGCGGAAGAAGAAAGGAAUGGCUGACGUGGCAGUCGUAGCAGAAGGAGCAGAAGGUGGAAGGGGAGGGUCCCCAGAAAAUGCAGCAGUGGAAGUAUCAGAAGGAACCGCAGGUGCAGGGGGAAGAGGAGCGGGAGAAGGAACGGAAUGUGGUGGAGGAGAAGGAAAGGCCGAAGGAGAAGUUGCUACAUUGCAAAAAAAUACUAUCUCAGGUGCUGUUCCUGAUUCGCUUUCGGGCGCUGACGUGGCACGGUCGGUCGUUUCCUCACCCCAGUUCGAUCCACGAGCCAGAGCUCGCUUCCUCCGCCUCUUCCGCUUCCACCACUGGCUCUCCAGCCAAUCACAGCGGUCGGGCGAACCCCCCGUGCUGACAGAGCAAUCCAGCCAACCGUCCACAGAACCUCAAUCAAAACUGCAGCUGCAACAGUCAAUGCUUGAGGGCAAGAUGCGCAGGCAAGAUGCUCUGGAUUUGCUCCGAAUGUACCAUGAAGCCGCAGCAGCUCCAGGCCCCUGGGAGAAUGAGCCCUUGCCUCCAGAACUGAGUGUUUUAGGUGCUGGGAGUGAAGGAGGGGGUGUUGUGGGUGUUGAUUCGGAUGAUGGGAGUGGUGGGGUGUUGGAGCAGGAGAUUGCGAAGGAGAAUAAGGAGGGGAAGGGGGACGCAUUAGUGGUCGCAGGUAGGGAGCGGAAUUGGGACAAGGAAGAGGAGCAGAAGGAGGGGAAUGCGGACAGGAAGAUGAAUGAGGAGACGGAGGAGGAUGGGCUGGAAAUUGCGGAUGAUUGGUCGGAUGGGGCGUUGGAGGAGGAACUGCAAGAGCUUCAGCUUGUGGCUGAUCUACACUACCUACUACAGCAUCAGCAGCAGCAGCAGCAUGCAGGCAGCGAAAGCAGGGCCAACAAUGACAACGGCAACGAGCUUUUGGUCACUGUUUCAGAGACAGCUUCUGUGGGUGGGGGAUAUGGGAAGACGGGUUUUCAGGAGCCGUUACGGCCAGCCUUCUAUGAUGCAGCAGAGGAUGGAGAGGUUGGAUACACGGAGCAGUUCGCUCAACUGAGGGUACAUGCCGCUGCCAGCGUUAGCCGUGCUGCCAGUGUUGCCAGUGCUGCUACCUCUGCUCGUGCUGGCCGUGUCGCUAGUGCUGCUCGUACAACCAGUGUUGCUCGUGUUGGCAGCGCUGCCAGUGCUGCCAGAAUGCGGCCUCUGCUGCCUGCGGCAGCAGAGGAUGGAGUAAAACAGCCUGUUCCAUUACAAUAUCAUUCUUCUGGUGGUGCUACCAGUGCUGACACUUCUACUGCUGCCACUGCUUCCAAUGCUGCCAGCGCUGUCAGCAUGAGGCCUGUGCUGCCAGCCUUAUACGACGCAGCAGAGGACGGGAUUGGGUUCACGGAGCAGUUCGCUCAAAUGAGAAUGAAAGCGAAGGGACGACGGGAAGAGGAGCUCUCUAGUAUUGCCACUGCUGUCACUUCUUCCUUUGCUGCCACUGCUGCCACUGCUGCCACUGCUGCCACAUCUUCUACUGCUGCCACUGGUUUCAACGCUGCCGGUGCUGUCAUCGUGAGGCCUGUGCUGCCAGCCUUGUACGACACAGCAGAAGACGGGAUUGGGUUCACAGAACAGUUCGCUCGAAUGAAAGUGAAAGUGAAAGGGAGGCGGGAGGAGGAGUUUUGA